AGCUUACUGAGAAUUUAAUGCAUUCAGCUCAGCUCAACAACCUCACAACCCCAUCUCUUGUGUUUAAAGAUCAAAUGAAAUAAAAGCCACUACUAACCACUUCACAGCAUCUCAAUCUCCGGCACACAGCCCUUUUUCAUGACAAUGCCGACGACCUACGCGGUGGCCGUGGAGGCUGCGACGCCCGGGAGCGGCGGAAGGCCGUCGGCGGGGCCGGUCUACCGGAGCAUCUACGCUAAAGAUGGGCUUUUGCAGUUGCCGGAUGGACUCGAAUCGCCAUGGCAGUUCUUCAGCGAUUCCGUCAAGAGGAAUCCCGGCAACCGAAUGCUCGGUCGUCGGCAAACCAACGACGACUCUAAGGCGGGUUCCUAUGUAUGGCUCACAUAUCAAGAAGCAUAUGAUGCUGCAAUCAGGAUGGGAUCUGCAAUUAGAAAGCGUGGCGUUAAUUCUGGCGAUCGCUGUGGUAUAUAUGGUUCCAAUUGCCCUGAAUGGAUAAUUUCGAUGGAGGCCUGUAAUAGCCAAGCUAUCACUUAUAUACCUCUGUAUGACACACUUGGUGCUAAUGCUGUCGAGUUCAUCAUUAACCAUGCUGAAGUUUCAAUUGCUUUUGUUCAAGAAAGCAAACUUGCUUCUAUUUUUUCAUGCCUUCCCAGGUGUUCAAAUCAAUUAAAAACUAUUGUCAGUUUUACCAAUGUUUCAAGCGUACAUAAGAAGGAAGCCGAAGAACUGGGAGUAUCUUGCUUUUCUUGGGAGGAGUUCCAUCAGUUGGGAAGCUUGGACUGUAAACUCCCUUCAAAACAGAAGACCAAUAUCUGCACGAUAAUGUACACAAGUGGAACCACAGGGGAACCAAAAGGUGUUGUCCUCAAUAAUGCAGCUAUAAUGGCCGAAGUCUUGUCUGUGGACCACCUACUUUUAUUGACAGACAAAGUGGGGACAGAAGAAGAUUCAUAUUUCUCAUUUCUUCCUCUAGCCCAUGUGUAUGAUCAGAUAAUGGAGACCUAUUGCAUCUACAAGGGUUCAUGUAUUGGGUUUUGGCGUGGGGACAUCAGGUUUUUGCUGGAUGAUAUUCAGGAACUGAAGCCAACAAUAUUUUCUGGAGUUCCUAGAGUGUAUGAUCGUAUUUAUUCUGGUAUUCUGAACAAAGUUUCUUCCGGAGGUAGUUUGCGGAAGAUGUUAUUUGAUUAUGCAUACAAUUACAAGCUAGGAUACCUGAAGAAGGGUCUGCUCCAUGACAAAGCAGCACCUCUCUUGGACAAGCUUGUAUUUGACAAGAUAAAAGAAGCAUUUGGUGGAAGAGUUCGUCUUUUUUUAUCUGGUGCUGCACCCUUGCCUAGCCAUGUGGAAGAGUUCUUGAGGGUUACCAGUUGUGCAACUUUAAGCCAAGGAUAUGGGCUUACAGAAAGUUGUGGUGGAUGUUUUACAUCCAUAGCCAAUGUUUUCACCAUGAUGGGAACGGUCGGAGUUCCAGUUACUACCAUUGAAGCAAGGCUCGAGUCAGUUCCUGAUAUGGGGUAUGAUGCACUGUCCAGCACACCUCGUGGAGAAAUUUGCUUAAGGGGAAGUACAUUGUUCUCUGGAUACCAUAAACGGAAAGAUCUAACCGAAAAUGUUCUUAUUGAUGGAUGGUUUCAUACAGGGGACAUUGGUGAAUGGCAGCCUGAUGGAUCGAUGAAAAUAAUUGAUCGGAAAAAGAAUAUAUUUAAGCUGUCCCAGGGGGAGUAUGUUGCAGUGGAGAACAUUGAAAACAUAUUCUCGCAGUGCUCUCUGAUUACCUCGAUUUGGGUCUAUGGAAACAGUUUCGAGUCAUUUCUUGUGGGUGUGGUGGUUCCCGAUCAAAAGGCCUUGGAGGAUUGGGCACAAAACCAUAAUGUGACUGGUGACUUUAAAUCUUUAUGUGAGAACCUCGAAGCAAGGAAGUAUAUUUUGGAUGAGCUCAAUAGCAAUGGUCAGAAGCACCGCCUUCGAGGAUUCGAGCUAUUAAAAGCAAUUUAUUUGGAACCAUAUCCCUUUGACAUGGAGAGGGAUCUGAUAACGCCAACAUUUAAGCUGAAGAGACCACAACUUCUUAAAUACUACAAGGAGCGAAUUGAUCAACUAUAUGUAGAGGCAAAGAAGGCAAAUAAAUGAAAAUGUCAACCGAUAUAUAUUUAACUAGAGGUACAAAAUAUUCGAAGCCACCCUAUAAUUUAUUAUACCAUCUUUUGAAUUCCAGAAUUUCUAAUAAGAGAAGUAUGUUAACUUAUGACCCAAUUAGUGAGUGGAGGUAAUUUUGUCAAUUUUCGUGUUGAUUUUGUGGACAAACUUGAAUAUUUCACAGACAAUUAAGUAUUAUUAUAUAAGUGGUCAAUGUGUGAAUUUAAAUCUAAA